AACAGUACCUCUGAUGUUCGUCACAGCUACCACUAAGAUACAUAGACUUCAUCACAAGGCGCGACCUUGAACCCAUCGUCAGAUUUUUUGUCAAGUUUUCAGUUGGUUCAAGUUGUCUCUUCCUUCCUCGUUCGCCCAAUUCUGCAACUCUUCCAUCAUAAUGUCACUUCCCCCAACCUCGUCCUCUACGCCACUCCUCCUCCAACAUCCCCUCCGUCCUCCAUCUUUCUCCUCAUCCGUCUUCCUCCUGCCAGUUGCACUUAGCAUCUUGGAUAUCGUGACGGCUUUUGCUGGCCUGAGUGUUCAGUCACCUCUAUCGCUCCAGUUCUCAACCUUAGGUCAAUCAAACCGGAAGUCACCGACUAUCAGCUGGCCUUUGCCUCUUCCCUUCACAUCAUGUCUCGUUGCCCUCUUCCUCUCAUCAUUUCUCUUUGCUUUUCCCAUUCUUUUCGCCAUGUACCAGUACUCACACGAGCUACACCACAUAAUACGACGGCCGAUGAACUUCGGACAGCUGGCACUCGGGCCCGGUUGUCCGCGGGCCGGUUUCUGUGAUAUUCACGAUCCACUGAUCUGGGCAGGUCGAAAUGUGAAAAAGUCCAGAGCCGCCGUAUUCUUUCUUUCCUUUUUUUCCCUUCCCUAGCGCAGCGGAUGCGGCCCACUAUCAUCAACCGCCAUCAUGAUCUUCUCCUGCGCUUUCUCUCCUCUGUCUGUCCUUGUUGUUGUUUUCUUUCUGUGCCUGUCCUUGCACCUGCCCUUGCAACCUUGCACAACGCUCAUGAACCCGUGCACGAUCUCAAUUCCCG